AGUCAGUCAGUCUGUCCUAGAGAUCAAAAUGGCCUUUGGAACGUGGAUGUUUGAGAAUGGCUGCUGAUGAAACCUUAUCUCCAGAAUUGUUUUGAAAUCUGAGGUGCAUGAUUGUCCAUAGAGAUGGGUGACCAGAAAGGAGAUGAGGCCUGAGAUUUACACUGACUGGGCUAAUCACUACCUAGCUAAAUCUGGCCACAAGCGGUUGAUUAAGGAUUUACAACAGGACAUUACAGAUGGAGUACUGCUAGCAGAAAUCAUUCAGAUCAUCGCAAAUGAAAAGGUUGAAGAUAUCAAUGGAUGCCCCAGGAGUCAAUCUCAAAUGAUUGAAAAUGUUGAUGUCUGCCUUAGCUUUCUAGCAGCCAGAGGAGUAAAUGUGCAAGGUCUAUCUGCUGAAGAAAUAAGAAAUGGAAAUUUGAAAGCCAUUUUAGGGUUGUUUUUUAGUUUAUCUCGGUACAAACAGCAGCAACACCAUCAACAACAGUAUUACCAGUCUCUUGUAGAACUCCAGCAACACGUCACUCAUCCUUCACCACCAGCUGAAGUCAGCCAGUCCAAAACUCAACAAGAUAUGCAGUCCAGUCUGGCAGCCAGAUAUGCAGCUCAGUCUAAUCACAGUGGGAUUGCAACCAGUCAGAAAAAGGCUUCUAGGCUUCCAGGGCCCUCAAGAGUGCCAGCUGCAGGCAGCAGUAGCAAGGUCCAAGGAGCUUCUAAUUUAAAUCGGAGAAGUCAGAGCUUUAACAGCAUUGACAAAAACAAGCCUCCACAUUAUGCAAAUGGAAAUGACAAAGAUUCUUCCAAAGGACCUCAAACAUCUUCAGGUGUGAAUGGCAACGUUCAGCAUCCCACCAGCACGGGGCAGCAGCCAGUCUCUGCCAUCCCUUCUCCAAGUACCAGCAAGCCUUGGCGCAGCAAAUCCAUGAAUGUCAAGCACAGUGCCACCUCUACCAUGUUGUCUGUGAAGCAGUCCAGCCCUGCCACCUCUCCGACGCCGUCCUCAGAGAGGCUGAAGCCGCCUCUCGCAGAAGGGGUCAAACCUCCUUCAUCUGGACAGAAAUCCAUGCUGGAGAAAUUCAAGUUGGUAAAUGCUCGGACAGCUUUGCGACCCCCACAGGCUCCCAAUCCAGUGCCCAGUGAUGGUGGGCGAGAUGAUGAUGCUUUUUCCGAGUGUGGUGAGAUGGAUGUCUUUAACAGUGGACUGAAUAGCAGUGGGUCAACCAACAGCAGUCCCAAAGUGUCACCGAAAUUGACCCCUCCAAAAGCUGGAAGCAAAAAUCUGAGCAAUAAAAAAUCUUUGCUACCAAAGGAUAAGGAGGAAAAGAACAGGGACAAAAAUAAAGUUUGCACUGAAAAGCCAGUCAAGGAAGAGAAGGAGCAGGUCAUGGAGACCACAGUGAAGAAGACUUCCAAAAUUGCAAGCUUGAUCCCUAAGGGAAGCAAGACUGCCACGGCCAAGAAGGAAAGCUUAAUACCAUCUUCGAGUGGGAUUCCAAAACCAGGAUCCAAGGUGCCUACAGCAAAACAGAGCAUUUCGCCGGGCAGUACAGGAAAUAAGGAGUCUGAAAAAUUCAGGACUACAAAGGGCAACCAGUCCCAAUCAGCACCCAAAUCUCAGAUGACUGAAAAGUCCAGCAGCACCUCUAAUUGUCUGGCUCCUUUGGAAGGAAAGGAGCCUAGCCAAGUUAUUGCCUCUGCUUCUUGUGCCAUGCCAAGUGGUGGACAGAAUGCAGGCAAUGGCGCUGUCCAGCUCCCCCAGCAGCAAUAUAGUCACCCAAACACUGCCACAGUUGCUCCUUUCAUUUAUAGAACACACACAGAAAAUGAAGGUACCUCUAUACCCCCUGUGGAAUCCUGCACCAGUCCUACUAAAAUGGAUUUAUCAUAUAGUAAGACUGCCAAACAGUGCCUAGAGGAGAUAUCUGGGGAGGACCCAGAAACGAGAAGAAUGAGAACAGUGAAAAACAUAGCAGAUCUGAGACAGAAUUUAGAAGAGACAAUGUCUAGUCUUCGGGGGACCCAGAUAAGCCACAGCACCCUGGAGACAACAUUUGACAGCACUGUGACAACUGAAGUCAACGGAAGAAGUAUACCGAGUCUGACAAGCCGAUCCACGCCAGUGACCUGGAGACUGGGUCAAGCUAGUCCUCGACUCCAGGCGGGGGAUGCCCCAUCCUUGGGAGGUGGCUAUCCUAGGAGCAGCGCCAGUCGCUUUAUCCACACUGACCCCUCCAGGUUCAUGUAUACCACCCCCCUGCGUCGGGCUGCUGUGUCUCGCCUUGGAAACAUGUCCCAGAUAGAUAUGAAUGAAAAAGGAAGCAGUGAUCUGGACAUGACUUCUGAAGUAGAUGUCGGUGGUUAUAUGAGUGAUGGUGAUAUCCUUGGGAAGAGUCUCAGAAGUGAUGACAUCAAUAGUGGAUACAUGACAGAUGGAGGACUAAACCUAUAUACCAGAAGUUUGAACCGAAUACCAGAUUUGGCAACAUCUCGUGAUGUCAUUCAGAGAGGGGUACAUGAUGUGACCGUUGAUGCAGAUAGCUGGGAUGACAGCAGCUCAGUAAGUAGUGGACUCAGUGAUACUCUUGAUAACCUCAGCACAGAUGACCUAAAUACUGGAUCCUCUGUCAGUUCUUAUUCCAACAUGACAGCCCCUUCGAGGAAGAACACUCAGCUGAAGACAGAUUCAGAGAAACGUUCUGUAGCAGAUGACACCUGGGAUAGCACAGAGGAGCAGAAGAAACCCGAGGAAGAAUUUGACGGCCAUGCGGACAACAGCAGCAAGUGGAAAGCUGCUCCCCCGGGACUGUCGGAAGACUCAGAGAAGGGAGGGCAGAAGGCAGCUCUGUCCGUUUCACAGACAGGGUCUUGGCGGCGGGGUAUGUCUGCCCAAGGAGGGACACCAUCCAGGCACAAAGCUGGAACGAGUGGCCUCAAGACUCCUGGAAAAACAGAUGACGCCAAAGCUUCUGAGAAAGGGAAAACGGCCCUUAAAGGGACAUCCAUACAACGUUCUCCUUCAGAUGCAGGAAAAAGCAGUGGAGAUGAAGGGAAAAAGCCCCCAUCAGGCAUUGGGAGGUCGACUGCCACUGGGUCAUUUGGAUUUAAGAAGCCAGGUGUUGCAUCAUCUACUAUGAUCACCACUAGUGGAGCAAGCAUCGCCAGUGGUUCUGCAACACUAGGUAAAACCCCCAAAUCAGCAGCCAUUGGUGGGAAAUCCAGUGCAGGGAGAAAAACCAGCUUGGACGGUUCUCAAAAUCAGGAUGAUGGCGCGCUACACAUGAGUUCAAAGACAACACUUCAGUACCGAAGCUUACCACGCCCUUCAAAAUCGAGCCCGAGUGGCAUUCCUGGCCGGGGUGGACACAGAUCCAGUACCAGCAGCAUUGACUCUAAUGUGAGUAGCAAAUCUGGAGGGGCCACCGCUACCAAGCUGAGAGAGCCAACCAAGAUAGGGUCUGGGCGGUCCAGUCCCGUCACCAUCAAUCAGACAGACAAGGAGAAGGAGAAGGUGGCAGUGUCAGAUUCAGAGAGUGUUUCUUUGUCCAGUUCCCCCAAGUCCAGCCCAACCUCUGCCAAUGCAUGUGGAACACAAGGACUCAGGCAGCCAGGUUCCAAGUAUCCCGAUAUUGCCUCACCUACAUUUAGAAGGUUGUUUGGUGCCAAGGCGGGUGGCAAAUCUGCCUCUGCACCUAAUUCUGAGGUUGUGAAAUCCUCCUCAGUAAUGCCCAGCCCUUGUACCACAUUAGCGCGACAAGGCAGUCUGGAGUCUCCAUCGUCGGGUACAGGCAGCCUGGGCAGUGCUGGUGGGCAGAGUGAAGGCAGCAGCCCUCUCUUCAAUAAACCCUCAGACUUAACGACAGAUGUUAUAAGCUUAAGCCACUCGUUGGCUUCCAGCCCAGCAUCGGUUCACUCUUUCACCUCAGGUGGUCUUGUGUGGGCUGCCAAUCUGAGCAGCUCAUCUGCUGGCAGCAAGGACACUCCAAGCUACCAGUCAAUGACUAGUCUCCAUACAAGCUCUGAGUCUAUUGACCUCCCUCUCAGCCAUCAUGGCUCUCUGUCUGGAUUGACUACAGGCACUCAAGAGGUUCAGAGCCUGCUCAUGAGGACUGGUAGUGUGAGAUCUACUCUUUCAGAAAGCAUGCAACUUGACAGAAAUACGCUGCCCAAAAAGGGACUAAGAUACACCCCAUCAUCCCGGCAGACCAGUCAAGAAGAGGGCAAAGAAUGGCUUCGAUCUCACUCAACUGGAGGCCUGCAGGACACUGGUAACCAAUCUCCUCUUGUUUCCCCUUCUGCUAUGUCAUCAUCAGCUACAGGAAAAUACCACUUUUCCAACUUAGUGAGUCCCACCAGCCUGUCCCAGUUUAAUCUUCCUGGCCCCAGCAUGAUGCGCUCCAACAGUAUCCCUGCUCAAGAUUCUUCCUUUGAUCUGUAUGAUGAUUCCCAGCUGUGUGGCAGUGCCACAUCUUUAGAAGAAAGACCCCGAGCCAUUAGUCAUUCAGGCUCAUUCAGAGACAGCAUGGAAGAAGUCCAUGGGUCUUCGUUAUCACUGGUUUCGAGUACAUCUUCUCUCUACUCUACAGCUGAAGAAAAAGCACAUUCUGAGCAAAUUCACAAACUACGGAGGGAGCUGGUCGCAUCACAGGAAAAGGUUGCAACACUCACAUCUCAACUUUCAGCCAAUGCUCAUCUAGUAGCAGCUUUUGAAAAAAGCUUAGGGAAUAUGACUGGCCGUCUACAAAGCUUAACCAUGACAGCAGAACAAAAGGAGUCUGAACUUAUUGAACUAAGGGAAACCAUAGAAAUGUUGAAAGCUCAGAAUUCUGCUGCACAGGCUGCCAUUCAGGGAGCACUGAAUGGCCCUGAUAAUCCCCAAAAAGAUCUCCGUAUUAGAAGGCAGCAUUCCUCAGAAAGCGUCUCCAGUAUCAACAGUGCUACGAGUCAUUCCAGCAUUGGCAGUGGUAAUGAUGCCGACUCUAAGAAAAAGAAAAAGAAAAACUGGCUGAGGAGUUCAUUCAAACAAGCCUUUGGGAAGAAAAAGUCCACCAAGCCCCCUUCCUCACAUUCUGACAUCGAAGAACUUACUGAUUCAUCCCUUCCAUCAUCACCGAAGCUGCCCCAUAGCUCUGGUGACUGUGGGUCAGUAUCCAUGAAGCCUUCACAAUCAGCAUCUGCUAUCUGUGAAUGCACGGAAGCAGAGGCCGAGAUUAUCCUGCAGCUAAAGAGUGAGCUCCGAGAAAAGGAGCUAAAAUUAACAGAUAUUCGUCUAGAAGCUCUCAGUUCUGCUCACCAUCUUGACCAGAUUCGGGAAGCCAUGAAUCGAAUGCAGAAUGAAAUUGAAAUCUUGAAAGCUGAAAAUGAUCGUUUGAAGGCAGAGACUGGGAAUACAGGGAAGCCUGCCCGCCCUUCAUCUGAGUCUUCCAACAGCACCUCCUCCUCAUCUUCUCGCCAGUCUUUAGGGCUUUCAUUGAACAACUUGAACAUCACUGACUCUAUUACCUCAGAUAUUUUACUGGAAGAUGCUACUGAUGGAACCCUCCAUAAAGAUGGCCGCAGCGUGAAAAUUAUAGUAUCUAUUAGCAAGGGCUAUGGUCGAUCAAAGGAACAGAAGCCUCAGGCAUACUUGAUAGGAUCCAUUGGUGUUAGUGGAAAAACCAAGUGGGAUGUAUUAGAUGGUGUAAUUAGACGUCUCUUCAAGGAGUAUGUGUUCCGAAUUGAUACAUCUACUAGUCUUGGUUUGAGCUCUGACUGUAUCGCAAGCUACUGUAUAGGGGAUUUAAUUAGAUCCCAUAGUCUAGAAGUGCCUGAAUUGCUGCCUUGUGGAUAUCUUGUUGGAGAUAAUAACAUCAUCACUGUGAACCUUAAAGGGGUAGAAGAAAACAGUUUGGAUAGCUUUGUUUUUGAUACACUAAUCCCUAAACCAAUUACCCAAAGGUAUUUUAAUUUGCUGAUGGAGCAUCACAGAAUUAUCCUAUCUGGACCAAGUGGCACUGGAAAGACAUAUUUAGCCAACAAACUUGCUGAAUAUAUAAUAACCAAAUCUGGUAGGAAAAAAACAGAAGAUGCUAUUGCUGUGUUUAAUGUGGACCACAAAUCAAGUAAGGAAUUGCAGCAGUACCUAGCCAACUUAGCAGAACAAUGCAGUGCUGAUAAUAAUGGUUCAGACCUACCUGUUGUAAUUAUUCUCGAUAAUCUCCACCAUGUUGGCUCUUUGAGUGACAUCUUCAAUGGUUUCCUCAACUGCAAAUAUAACAAAUGUCCCUAUAUCAUUGGAACAAUGAACCAGGGGGUUUCAUCAUCACCAAAUCUAGAACUGCAUCAUAAUUUCAGGUGGGUACUGUGUGCUAACCACACAGAACCAGUAAAAGGCUUUCUGGGCAGAUAUCUACGGAGGAAAUUGAUUGAGACUGAAAUAGAGAGAAAUAUGCGCAAUGGUGACCUCAUCAAAAUCAUAGACUGGAUUCCUAAAACAUGGCAUCAUCUGAAUAGCUUUUUGGAAACACACAGUUCUUCUGAUGUGACCAUUGGUCCUCGUCUUUUCCUCUCUUGUCCUAUGGAUGUAGAAGGAGCCAGAGUAUGGUUCACUGAUCUCUGGAACUAUUCUCUGGUACCGUAUCUUCUGGAGGCAGUGAGAGAAGGUCUUCAGAUGUAUGGUAAGCGAGCACCAUGGGAAGAUCCUUCCAAGUGGGUACUUGAUACAUACCCAUGGAGCUCUGCCUCACUGCAACAAGAAGGCCCAGCCUUACUUCAGUUGAGGCCAGAAGAUGUUGGUUAUGAAGGCUGUACAUUGGCAAAGGAAGGGACAACCUCCAAGCACAUUCCACAGACUGAUACAGAGGGGGAUCCUUUGAUGAAUAUGUUAAUGAAGCUCCAGCAAGCAGCCAAUUACUCCAGUGCACAAAGCUGCGACGGUGACAGCACCAGCCACCAUGAUGACAUUUUAGAUUCAUCUCUUGAAUCAACUCUCUAGGGGAUAUAAAGUUAGCUAGCUAUAGGAUUAAGCUUAGGAAACAAAAUGCAUUUCCACUCAGCCACUGCCAGUGAUGGAGCAGCCAGUCGAAGGUCCCUGACCAAGAGCUGUAUGCCACAAAAGAGGCAGCAUAUUUCAGUCAGAAAAGUCAAGACGUUCAGUUGAAAUGGAAAGCUUGAAUCCGUUUUUCUUUCAAGGCAUUUCUGUCUCAAUGGAGUCACACAAGUAGGGCUCCAUUAAUUAACUGGAAGAGGCCCUACGUGGAGGGCCACCAAGCAGAUUGCACAUGAGUUAGCCAAACUGGAAUAUUUUUUUUUCUCUCUAAAAGUUUACAGUAAAAAGGUUUUUUUUUUUUUUUGGUUGUUUUAUUUUGUUUUCCACUUCCUUCUUGGCACCUCCCCCCUUUUUUGGGAAAUAUUUUCUUUUUGUUUUAACUCUGAGGUGCUGCAUCCACCAUGCAGGGCCCGUGUUUCCAGAUCCAAUUCUAUCCUUACCUCCGUUGUGCCACACGGCACUGUCACAUGACUCCAGUAGUGUUUGUGUUGUGCUACUGCCCAUUCCAAAAUGGACGCCAGAGGCUCUGUACUCAAUAAGCACAAAUGGCAUUGUGCAACCUCCAGAAAACACUACUGUGAAGUGUUGGAUAAGUGCCAAGUUAAUUCCUAACUGCCAUUUCCACAGUGAUGUAUUCCACCAACUUUUUAGUGUGCAAGUCACCAUUUUUAUAAGGUUGUUUUUACCACAGUGGUCUUUUUUAACCACCUACCCACUCCCCAACCCCAACAAGAGUUUUCUACCGGUUAUUAGGGAACACUGACAAAAGGCUUGUUUAGGGCCUCAUUUGUGUGAGCCUUUUCAGUGGACGAAGGAAUAUUUCCUAUGGUGCUGUCUCACUGCCUUAAACCCAAUUUCUACAACAGUUUUACAGGUGGUUUAACUCCUAAACCAUUGGUAACUCACACUGUCUUUUCAUUUUGCCAACAAGACACAUUGGUUCACACAGCAGCCUCAUAUCUGUAAAUCAUGAUUUUUUUUUAAAGAAAUGGAUAGGAGAAAGAUCGGUAUUUUUAUCCUGUGAAAAGAUUGUUUUGUCUUUCCUUGGACAUAGGCAAGGAACCCCCAAACCUACUAUGACCAUCACUUACAAGCUGAGGGAGGUAGCUAAGAUUCAUCCAGUGCCAUGGGAUGGAGCUUUGUUGGAAGGCAUAAUAUUUUGAAAUUCCUCUCCAGCAGAGCUGGAAGCAUUUGAUGCAGCAUGAGCACAAACCUUUGGGGUUUUUCUUUCUCUCUUUUUUUCCCUCUCUUUCCUGCCCCCCCCUUUUUUCCUGCUAAUUUGACGCAUGGUGUUUUGAUUGCUAUUGUUGUACAUGAGAAAAAGCAGCAUUGAAUCACACGGAAGCAAUGACAUCCACUGUGGAAGAGGAAGAGUUUAUAUUGUAAAGGAGGGUUAGUUUUGCACAGUCUACUGGGUGGGUAUUGUAAAUAAAAAAAAAAAGGCCUUGCACAAAUCAAACAAACACACUCACACAAAUUGUAUUUUAUCCUGUUGGUGUUGAGAUGUUUCACUUGCUGAGAUUUCCUGUAUGUUGCAAACAAAUACAGAAUGCAGACCCUAAAAGCUGUUUUUAUCUGGUGUGUUUGUCCUGUAUUUACAGUUGGUAUGACUAUGCAGGAGUUAUCAGUGCUGGAGUGAGCAUGUUUCCAAUCUGUACAUGAAGCCAAUACAUUUUCAGAAAUUUUAAUGGUUUUAAAGUGCAUCUGGCAUGGCAGGCUGUAAACAGAUUGCAUGAUUGAUAAACUUGAUCGGAUUCAUUAGUGAAAGUUCUGGCCAUAAGAAAUAACUUGUUUCAAACACAAUCCAAGGGCUUGGGUAAUGGUGUAGAUAUGUACUGUACCAUUAAAAAAAAAAUAAAGUGUUACCUU